GUAAAGUUAAGGGAACGCUAUGAAUCAGCAGUUAAGGAUAGAAAUGAAAGAGGAAUUCAGUUAAUUGAGCGAAAUGAAGAAGUGUGUGUUUUUUACGAAAAAGUAAAUAUCCAAGAUACCGUCAUUAGGAAUGGAAAUUUGGAAAUAAAUGCUAAGGAUGAGAUGAUUCGCUUUAUGAAUAUGGAGAUUACUGAGUUAAAACGAUCUAUUGAAGUAACACGAAAAGAAAUUUCACAACGAAAAGACCUCGAUGACGAAUUAGUUAAGCUGCAAAUUGAGCUUUCAAGUGUCCAGGAUAAAGCAAAAGAAUUAGAAAAAUUAGUAGAAUCUCCAGAUAAUUUUAAAAGAAUAAGGUUUCUUGAUGGAAAAGACAUGUCUUUAGAGGAAGUACAUAAGAGAAUUGAAGGGCUUGAAAUUAGAUUAUCCGAAAAAGAGGAAUUUUUAUUGGAAAAGGAUUUAAUUCUGGAAGAAAUUUCUAGACUAGUUGAGAGAGCAGAAGAAAAGAUGAAUUCUAGGAAAGAUGAUACUCUAAAUUUGGCUAGAAUGGUUAACGACUUAAAGAACAGAAUUAAGGAGAUGACCCGCAAAACGAUGUCAAAGAUAUCGGAACUAUCCAUGAAUCAGGCUCAAACAAUGAAAUUUCAGGAAAUUGUUAAAGAGAGAGAAAGAGUGCUUGAGCAGUGUUACGUUAGAAUGGAAAUGGGUGAAGCUCCAUCAAUGGAAAUUGAGCAAGAGUGGCAAAAACAGCAAAGGAAUGAAUCUCAACGAGUUCGUGAUAAACAAGCCUUGUUACAAAUCAGCGAAGAAGAGCAGAAAUGCAUGCUGCCAGGUGGUAUAUCUACAACAGCAGAGCCAAGACCGAAUGCAUAUAUACCAGAUGAUGAUACAGAAUUGCCAAUACCACGACCUUAUGGGGUUAAUGCGCCUUUUAAACCGACUCAAAAUGGUAGUAACAUGCGGCAUAUUAGGAAGCCCAACCAAAAAUCUAUUGAAAUUUGA